AUGACAAAAGCGUCGACUCCCUCGCUGCCCUUGUUCAAUGCCUCCAAUGCCCCCUCCAAGUCCUCGCGCCCCUCGUCGCCAAUGCUGCAGCCUCCAGAGCCGCAUCGGCGCAGCGCGACGCCCUCGUCAAUAACGGCGACAUACUCGCUCUUGUCUGCCCAAGAGACGGCCCAGAAGCUCGCAUCCUCGCCCACACAUGGUCUGUCGGCCUCGGACGCCUCGGCGCGCAUACACACUCAUGGCCUUAACGAACUCCCCCACGAAGACCCUGAGCCGCUCUGGCUCCGCUUCCUUAAGCAAUUCAAGGAGACGCUUAUCCUGCUGCUGCUCGGGUCUGCUGCGGUUUCUUUCAUAAUGGGCAACCUGGAAGACGCGCUGAGCAUAACCAUGGCAGUCACCAUUGUCGUUACCGUGGGCUUUGUGCAGGAGUACCGGUCCGAGAAGUCCAUUGAGGCUCUGAACCAGCUCGUCCCGCAUUCUGCACACAUUAUACGCGCCGGCGCGGAGCCAUCACGGGGCGGUCGCAUGCCGAAUGGCACAGCAACCGAGGACAUUGAACUCGACACCCUCAAGGACACGACGGCUUCGCUAUCAGCAGCCGAGAGAAAGUCUACGACGAUAUCUGCGACAAUGCUGGUGCCAGGCGACUUGGUUCUCUUCCACACGGGCGACCGCAUACCAGCCGAUAUUCGCAUCACGCACGCUGCCGACCUGAGCAUCGACGAGUCGAACCUCACGGGAGAGAACGAGCCUGUCUCCAAAUCGGCGGAUAUGAUCACACCUCCCUCAGGCGUGCAACGGUCGGCCUCGCCCUUCUACGCCUCCGAAGGUGCUGGGACCGUUGGCGCGGACAUUAGGCUCAACGACCAGAAGAACAUUGCAUUCAUGGGCACUUUGGUCAGGUCGGGAUACGGACAAGGAAUCGUCAUUGGUACAGGUGGUAAUACGGAAUUUGGUGCUAUCUCUGCCUCCCUGCAUGAAAUCGAGAGCCCGCGAACGCCUCUGCAACUUUCCAUGGAUCGACUGGGCAAGGAAUUGAGUUACAUGUCGUUUGGAGUUAUUGCUUUCAUUGGCUUGGUGGGAUUAUGGAGGGGAUGGAAGUUUCUCGAGGUCUUUCAGAUUGCGGUUUCGCUUGCAGUCGCUGCCAUUCCCGAAGGACUCCCCAUCAUUGUUACCGUUACGCUUGCGUUGGGUGUAUUGAGAAUGUCCAAGCGCGACGCAAUUGUCCGACGGCUACCCAGUGUAGAGACUUUGGCUUCGGUCAAUGUCGUUUGUACUGACAAGACGGGUACACUGACAACGAACCACAUGACUGUUACGAAAAUAUGGCAUUUUGGCGAAUCUGACCCAGUAGACGUGAAGAAGAAGCACGACUCUGCAGAUCUCGAUUCUCCUACUCGUACUAUCUUGCGAAUCGGCAAUGUAGUCAACAAUGCCCGUUUAUUAAGCGACCAGGCCGCAUCAGCGUCGACAGCAGCAGUUCUCUCGUCAACUCUGGGAGACGACAACUCCUCGGCCAAGAGUCGAUGGGUAGGUCAACCCACGGAUGUAGCACUUCUUGAUUUGAUGGAUGCUUUUGGAGAAGAAGACGUGCGGGAGAGAAUUGGCGACCGCAAGUUCGAAACACCCUUCAGUUCCGAGAGAAAGUGGAUGGGCGUCGUGGUCGGCAAUGCUUCUGGGAGUGUCACUCCCGGCUCCGACCAUGCCUAUAUCAAGGGCGCACUGGAAAGGAUUCUCGAUCGAUGCGACACAUACGUUACUGCGCAGGGCAAAGAGGUGACUCUGGACCAAGCAUGCAAGCAAGAGGCGAUGAAGGCUGCAGAAGCCAUGGCUCAGGAGGGCUUGCGAGUCCUGGGUUUUGCAAGCGGUGCUUCUAGAGGGAAAAAGAGGACUACCAGUGGCUCUGCCUCUCCAGCUUUGCCUGCGAAUUCGGCUCUUGGCGACGAUGAACUGUACCGCGGUCUAACAUUUGCUGGGCUUGUUGGCAUGAAUGAUCCCCCGCGCAAGGGAGUUGAAAGAGCGAUUCGCCGGCUGAUGGCUGGUAAAGUCAAGGUAAUCAUGAUUACAGGUGACGCAGAGACCACAGCAGUCGCCAUUGGAAAGAGUCUAGGCAUGCCAAUCACUGCGAACUCGGCUCUCGGACGUUCUGUCAUUUGUGGCGACGAAGUGGACCAGAUGAGCGAAGAGCAACUGGCUCAGGCCAUGGCAACGACGUCAGUUUUUGCACGAACGAGUCCGGAUCACAAGAUGAAGAUUGUUCGCGCCCUACAGUCACGAGGAGACGUGGUCGCCAUGACUGGUGAUGGUGUAAACGACGCACCCGCGCUCAAGAAGGCGGACAUAGGCAUCUCCAUGGGCCGACUGGGUACAGACGUUGCAAAGGAAGCUGCCGACAUGAUUCUGACCGACGACAACUUUGCCACGAUCCUGAAUGCCAUCGAGGAAGGAAAGGGCAUCUUCUACAACAUCCAAAACUUCCUCACGUUCCAACUGAGCACCAGCGCGGCAGCACUGAGCCUGGUACUCCUCAGCACGUUCCUCGGCUUCCAGAACCCGCUCAAUGCCAUGCAGAUUUUGUGGAUCAACAUCCUCAUGGACGGCCCACCCGCCCAAUCCCUUGGUGUCGAGCCCGUCGACCCCUCCGUCAUGGCGCUUCCUCCACGCCCCCGUCAAGCCCGCGUGCUAACCCGGCCUCUGAUCCAGCGCGUGCUCCAAUCCGCCACCAUCAUCAUGCUCGGCACCCUCACAACAUACUACCUGGAAAUGACCGACGACAACAUCGUAACUGCGCGCGACACAACCAUGACAUUCACCUGCUUUGUCCUGUUCGACAUGUUCAACGCCCUCACAUGCCGCUCGUCCACCAAAUCCGUGCUCGCGGGCGAAAUCGGCCUCGUCGACAACAAAAUGUUCAAUUACGCCGUCGCGGGCAGUCUGCUAGGCCAGCUCGCUGUCAUCUACUUUCCCCCGCUGCAGCGCGUCUUCCAGACGGAGGCGCUGGGUCUCGAGGACCUGGCGCAUCUCGUGGCCGUGGCCAGCUGUGUGUUCUGGGCCGACGAGGGCCGCAAGUGGUAUUUACGCUGGAAGGCGAGGCGAGGCUAUGGCGCGGGGUAUAGUACUGUUGUGUGAUUCCGCGUCGUUUUACACCAUCGCUUUGUUUUUCUGUUUUGUACACUGUCUGUACAUGUGGGGGUGUGUGUGUGAAGUAGUGUCUGUGUGUCUGCGUUCGUAUGUAUGGGUAUGGCUUUUUUUUCCCUUAUGGGCGCGAGAUUAA